AUGUCGCUCCUCUCUCUUCCUGCGGAGCUCCGUUUGCGGCACGUAAUCUACGACUAUAUGCCUGAUUUCCAAGCGAAUCGCACCGAACACAUCACCGCCACCUCCAAGCUCACUCCGUCCAUAUGUCGAGUCAACACUCUCCUCCGACGCGAGACCCUGUGCAUCUACGCCGCGCACGCAAAUUUCAUCAUUUCCAUGGAUGAGGGAGCUUCGUUCUGGCCCAACAGAGUGGCAAGCUGGCUCAACGCACUGGGACCUGAACUUCUCACACGGAUUCGCAGUAUCCAGUUGAGUCGUCAUUGGGCUGUACCCUCACCGUUGAGAUAUCAGGGCCACGUCGGAUUCUAUAUCAAAGUCGACCUCACCAAGAGUCGUCCACCAUUUUCCGGCUUGGCUUGGCAAUAUCCACCGAACCAGCAGCCCACUUCUGGAGAUUUUGCAGAUCACUUCUUGAAUCGUCAGGAAGCAGAACUCAACGAACGUGUUACCGGGGGCACAUACCCGAUAGCACGAGACUCACGUAAUUUUCGAUAUCACUGUCUCGUGCGAUUAAAGCGUAUCAUCGGCAACCAUUUCGCUCGGAAACCACCGCCAGAAGGUGUUGCUGCUGCUGCUGAUCAAGGAGAAGUAACGCGACUGCAGUGCAGCGACGUCGAAUUUAUGAUCCGUACAAUGGAUAUCGUAGCAACACAUCCCCUGGUACCGGGCAAGCCAUAUUCCUCUGACGCAUGCGAGCGCGCUCUCGAUCUUUGUCACCAGUCUCUGAAGCAGGCUUCGUUGCUGCUGCCAGCAAGUAAUGCCGAAUUGCCGGGCUUUGGAGAUCAGGCAAUAGAUAUAGACUCGAGCCAUGGUUGA